AUGUCAUCGUUUGCAAUUGAUACUCGUGGUGGAUUGUGGAUGUGGGGUAGUUGUCCUCAGCCAAGCAACGCUGAAGAUGAGGGAUUCGGCUUCUUGAGAUGUCUUUCUCCUAGGCCUGUAAUGUAUUUUCAUGGCCGUGAUGUUGUGCAGGUGGCAUGUGGAAAUGAACAUGUUGUGGCUUUGGUACAGGACUGCCGAGAAUCGAACUCCCACCACUCGGUGAGAGCUCUAUCGGCGAUCUGUGUACCAAUAGACCCGAAGGUCGUUGGCACUGAUCCACUUUGUUAUUCUUUGAGUAGCAACAAUCAUGGACAAUUGGGAUUGGGCCAUAUUAUAAGCAGAAGUAAGCCGGAAAUUAUCAGAUUGUUCGACCAGAAAUAUCAGAGUUGGGUGUUCGACAUCUCUUGUGGAGCUUUUCAUACUGCAUUGCUUGCGGAGAGAAUGCCACGUGACAAGUGCUGGACAUUUGGUCUUGAAGACAAUGGGCAGCUUGGUCAUGGAACUACUAUGAAUGAAUGUUUUCCAAGAGCCGUCAAGGGAUUGCCUGAGGAUUUGCGUUCUGUUGAUUGUGGGCUGUUCCACACAAGUGUUGCAGCUGCAUAUGGUAAUGUGUGGUCAUGGGGAAUGGAGAGAGGUCUUGGGUUAUGUCCUGAUGCUAGUUUACAAGGAGAUGAUGCCGGGGAUGCAUUGUCUCCUAUAAGAAUGCAUCACGCUGAUGUAGUGACGAAGGUUGCAUGUGGUGCUGCCCAUACAGUUGUAGUUGCCAAUAAUGGGGAUGAGGUUUGGGCUUGGGGUAGAGGCCGGAGUGGCGUGCUGGGACAUGGUAUGACGACUGAUAGUUUUACGCCGAUUCCUGUGUUAUGGCCACCUCCUGAUAAAGACGAAAAGGAGAACAACAUGGUUGCUGAGAAUGCAAGAACCGAGCCUCAAAAUCGGGAAGCCGGAAAACUAACUGGUACUAGUGAGGAAAUUGAAUUCCUCCUAUCAAAACUGAUGCUUGUGGAGCGGUAUGCAGCAUUGCCGCAUGUUUUAAUUUUCGGAAAACAGUUGGAUGAUCAGAACCUUCCUCAAUAUCUUCAAGGCUCUUCUGGCGUGUAUGAUAUUGGAAAGGAAUUGGAGACUCUAUUAGAGUCAGCCGACGACGAUGAGCUUGCUGGAAUGGAGAUGUUUUAUAGUAACAUGCUUGCCAGUGUGAAAGACAAGCUGUUGAAGAGACGAGUGCAGGAGAUGGUUAAAGAGACUCUCAAAUCUCCAUCUGCAGGGGAGUCAUUCAUAUACAAGACCAUGAGUUAAUGAUCAUGUGAACCCUGCUUCUUUAUCAACAAAAUAUCCCCUAUUGAGUGUUACAGGAUAAUAAUUCCGGAAGAAAAAUAAUGGCUUAAAGGUACUUGCGUUAGUUUUGAACUUAAAAUAUAUAUAUAUAUAUAUAUGAGAACUGUUCAUGAACAUGAUUUAAAGUUUUGAGGGUCGUUAAUGCUUUCACAUAGAAAGAACAUAAGCUAUCAUAAUGAUAAAUACAGAAGAUAUCUUGUGUCUGUAAUUCUCAAUCGUUUACCAGAAGGACUGCAUAAAUGGUAAAGAAUAUUCACAACUCAUUUCUUUCACUCUUUUAAACACAUACAAUAUAGCUAGUGAUAAGAAAUAGAAUUAAAACAAAAGAAAUAAAAGAAACUGCUCAAACAUUGAGACAAAACAAACCCAAAGAACGCAUCUAAGACUUGGAACGGGGGG